AUGCUUAAGGAGAAGACUGGGGUGUGGUGUGGGACAUCAACACCUGUCCGGUUCCCGAUGGGAUUGAACUUGGCUGGUCGUCACUCUGCGGUCAUCUGCGGUAUUGGAAAACGCUUAAUCCACCCAAGUCUCAUAUUCUGCUCAUAUCCGGUGAUAUUUCCUGGUUUACUGGUUCGUGGUUUAAUUCCUCUAUUCUCUCCUUGGGAUACAAUAUUGCUCGCGCUUUUCCAGAGUGGGUCUGGGAAGAGUUAUUACUAG